AUGGAAGUAGAUGCUCACGUGGACGAAACCACAAGAGCACCUAUGAAAAUCGAGAGGAAAAAGACAUCAAAGUCCCCGGUCGAAAAGGACUCUGUAGAAAACGUCAGAACGAAAGAUCGCCGACUGGACAAGUCGGCGGUCUCCGAGACAAGAGGAGAAAAUAGCGGCAACAGCAGCAGCGACAUCAUCGAACAGCCGACCAAGAAGUCAGCUGUUGUCAAAGGAACAGCUGAGAACGACGAUCUCAGCCAAGCGCUGAUGCCACCGGGAACUUCCGAGCGACGCAGGAGGAUGAAACGCAGGCCACCUGCAAUCUUCCUCUACGGCUUGAAUGACAAGGCUAGCGCGACCAGUGUAUUAGAAUGGUUUACGCAUAAAGGAAGCAAACCAAAGAGAGUCUCUAAACUAAAAGUGGAAAGAGGCGGAUCAUCCUUCUGUGUCAGCUUUAACCCGGCAGACUUCGAAAGAUGUUUGAGUCCCGAAUUUUACCCGAAGUUCAUGAGGGUGAAGAAAUGGAGUGGAUUCUUCCCGGUAUCUGAGAAGAUCCUGGAAACUGCACCAUCGAAAACCAGAGAGGGUCCGGGUAGACCAGAGGGUGGAGUGAGCAUAUACACCAGCGCCUGCAUACGACGUCCGAAGGUGAUCCAUCGGGAGGAGAAUGUGUUGGUGCUGGAGACGUCUGACUUGACAAUCGCCCUCUUCUACCUGAAACCAACCCUCACGUCCACCGAAGUAAUGUCAACAGUGACACAGACGCUCAGAUAUAUCGACACCCGAACGUUCACCGUGAUUGCCGGGGAUUUCAACUGUCGAAUGGAUAGCCAGGCAAAGGACUCGAAAGGAUGCGUCCUGCGAGAAUCUUUAGAUGAGCUAGACUAUACACUAGCCAAUGACGCGGAUGACGUGACGAAUAUCUGCUACAACGGAUCGAGCACCAUCGAUCUCUUCUUCGUGUCACAUCUUGACCGAGUGAUUGCCUGCCAGGUAGUGGAGGCGCCAAUUAAAAGCCAUCUACCAGUGGUACUCAGCAUCACCGCUCGGGAAACCCCGAAGAAGAAGGAGCUCAGACCGACUCGGCGCAUGGAUUACAAUAUUCUAGACGAAGAACAAGAGUCACGACAGAUCUCAGGCAAGAUGAGAACGGCUGACGUGAAUCAAGCUGAACAAGAGCUAGUUCGCCUCGUUCAAAAAGCUCAACUUCUUCCUCGCCCGUACAAGGCGAAAAGAAGACCAUGGUUCAACAAGGAAUGCAAAGAGCGCAGGAGAGCGCUACUCCUGGCCUUACGGAAGGCGAAAAUUGAAGGAGGGCCGUACCGAAGGGAGUACUGCUUUCUACGGAAACGGUACCAUCAUCUAGUUCAGCAUCGCAAGAGCGAGCACCGCGAGAAGCAACAUGAGAAAAUGUUAGCUGAAGCGAAAAAGAAAACCCACAUUCUACUGAAAAAAUGUCGGAAGAAAACGACAUGUACCGCGAGUACAGAAGAGAUAACUCGACACUUCAAGAAUUUACUUUUCGAAGAAGAUAUUCCCCCGCCAGCCGCGCAAAUCACUCUGCCGCUCACGUUAGAGCAAUGGUUGAUGAACGCGCCGUGGACAGAGAAGGAAGUUGAAUUUAUUCUAAAUUCCCUACCAAUGAGAAAGAGCUGUGGACCUGAUGGUAUCUACUACGAGAACUGGAGGAUGGGGGCAACCGCACUCGUGCCUUUGAUAAGUUCUCUCUUCAACAAAAUCAUGGAAGAAGGAUGCAUUCCGGACACAUGGCACAUCAGCCGGCUGACUUUGCUAUUCAAGGGUGGCAGGUCAGAUCCGAGAGAUGACAUGAAUAAAUUUCGAGGAAUAGCCAGCGAAGCGACACUCAAGAAAGUGUUCUUCAAAGGCAUCAUAAGUAGACUCGAAACAUCUAUCGAGAACAGAUUGCCUCCAGAACAAUUCGGGUUCAGGAGAGGCGUGUCAACGAACGACGCAAUUCACGUUGUGAUGUCGGCCAUCGAGAGGGGGCUGGCCCGUCGAAACCAGGCCCAACUCUACGGUGGGUUCAUCGACUGCUGUAAAGCAUUCGACAGUGUUCCGAGGCAGGCAAUGGUAAAUGCCUUCGCCGAGGCCGGAGUGAACGGACAGCUCCUGAAAAUCAUCGAAAGCUUCUUCUACACAGACACACUCAUGGUGCGGACUGGGUCGGAGGAUGUCAUUGCGAGGCAGAACAGAGGCACGCCACAAGGCGACCCGCUGAGCUGUAUCGCUUUCACACUCCUCCUAGCCGACCUGCCCGCGAGGGUCCGAGAGGAGUCGAAGGAUGCGGUCAUUUGCCUGUAUGCGGAUGACAUUUUUGUGGCUCAUCAUAACGCCACCAUGUUCAGGAAGGUCUUCGCCAUCGUUGGUGAAUACCUCCGACAAAUUGGAUUAGAUCUGAAUCCGCAGAAGUCAUGUGUUGUUAAAUUCCGGAACGGAGGACGACUAGCUAAGACCGACAGGAUGCACUGGAGAGGGGAACCGAUCCAGUUCGUACCGAGCUCGAAGUAUCUCGGCUUGCACCUCACCACCGCCGGCACGAGUUUCUCAGCUCACGUGGAGUUCGCGGCGGCGAGAGCAACGACAGCGAUGGCUUCGGGUGUGGACAGGCCACGAGAUCUCCCACUCGACAUAGCGGAUCGCCUCUUCAAAAUGAAGGCCGUCCCGGUCCUGUCAUACGGACUGAAACGAAUAUGGAAGCACCUCACAGUAGCCAACUUCAAAAGUUUGGAACGCUCCUACACGCUCUUCAUGAAAAGACCUCCGACGUCAGCGUACAGUCGGCCUGGAAUUGAUGCGCCAGGCUCCCAGUCGGUGGGACAGUACGGGAAGCGUGAAAUAUUUUUUCUCAAUCUUGAAGACGGUUAUUUCGGAUGCCAGGUGAACGCUUCCACCGAAAUCCUGCAACUUUUUGAUCUCAGUAAACUGUGCGACGGGGAGUCGCAGUGCUUUCAAGGUUCAGACGAGAACUCCAUCAAACUCAAAUGCCAGGAUCGAAACUACUGCCACCCAAAGAUGGCCCGAUGUCGGAACGGCGCCUGUCUCGAUGGACUGUGUUACUGCAACGAUGGUUACGGGGGCAAAGGCUGCGAAAUGCCCGAUGAGAACGAAUGCAAAUACAGGCCCUGUGAUGUCUUCGCGCACUGUACGAAUACGAUGGGCAGUUUCUACUGUUCCUGUUUCCCUGGCUAUGAGGGUGACGGAUUCGAAUGUAAAGAUGUGAACGAGUGCGAGAUACCUGAGCUGAGGUCGCUCUGCGUGCCAAACUCUGAGUGUUGCAACUUGCCUGGUCAUUACGUUUGUAAAUGCCUGGAAGGCUUCACCGGCAACGCUACAGACUCCUGUCUAGAUUUAGAUGAAUGCGCCGAUCCCGCAGCUUGCGGUCAUCAGGCCAUAUGUCAGAAUACGCCCGGCAGCUACCAAUGCGUUUGUCCGCCUGGAAUGACCGGGGACGCGUACUCGUCAUGUGGAGACAUGGACGAAUGCACCGACAAUCCAUGCGGACCGAACGCCGUCUGCAAGAACACCAUAGGGAGUUUCUCGUGUGAAUGCCUCCCGGGUUACUCAUUCGCAGAUCCUUCGGAACCGCACAGAGGCUGCGUCGAUGUCGACGAGUGCUCUUCGGACAGGAAUCCGUGUGGAGCGCAAGCAACGUGUCAGAACACACCGGGGAGUUUUUACUGCCAAUGUCUGCCCGGAUAUACCGGUAACCCUCGACUCGGAUGUCAGGACAUCAACGAAUGCGUUCAAGAUGUCUGUGGAUCUCACUCAGUGUGUACGAAUGUUCCGGGGAGCUUCAAAUGCAGUUGCGAAACCGGCUGCGAAGGCGACCCUUACACCAGGACAGGCUGCCAAGAUAUUGACGAGUGCAAUCGUGCCAACAUGUGCGGACCGAAUGCCCAAUGUAUAAACAACUUCGGAUCUUAUCAGUGUCAGUGCCUCGAGGGAUAUUCUGGAGAUGCCCGUCUGGGUUGCGCAGACAUCGACGAAUGUGCUUCCCAUCCUUGCGCUCAGGGAUCGGUGUGCUACAAUUCGCCGGGAUCCUAUCGAUGCGAGUGCCCUCGGGGUUACACGGGAAAUGCCUACCAAUCUUGUGAAAGGGACGUGGUCGAAGUGGACUGUACAGGGGACCACGAGUGUACCGGCAACGCUCAUUGUGUGGACAGCACGUGCCAGUGUAAAGCUGGGUAUCAGGUCGGUCCCAAUGGACGCGAUUGCGUCGACCGGAAUGAAUGUCUAAGCCGAGGAACUUGCGGACGUCACGCCGUUUGCGUGAACACCGAAGGAAGCUAUCUCUGUCAAUGCAAGCCCGGAUUUGAAAAGCUCUCCGAUGGGGCCCGGUCCAAAUGCAAGGACGUCGAUGAAUGCUCAUUGGAUCCGUUUCCUUGUGGAUCGGGAGCCAAGUGCGUCAACACGGAAGGUGGUUUUCGAUGCGCCUGUCCGGAUAAUCUUAUCGGUAACCCCAAGGAAGCCUGCAUCUCUCCUUGUGACGCGGUCGAGUGCGGAGCUCAUGCCACGUGCCAGGCUAACGGAAAGGAAGCAACAUGUAUCUGCGAUGUCGGCUUCACCUUCAAGCCGUCGAACAUCGCAGCUGGCUGCGUCGACGUCAACGAAUGUGAAUACGAGCACGGACCGUCUGGACUCUGUGGAGCCGGAGCCCUUUGCACGAACGUGCCAGGCAGCUUCCACUGCGCGUGUCCUCCCGGAUUCACCGGCGAUCCGUUCAUACAUUGCGAAGACAUCAACGAGUGCGACACCGCUUUAGGCCCUCAGGGAUCUUGUGGUCCCAACGCGCUCUGUACGAAUCAAGUCGGAUCGUUCAGUUGUCACUGCCCACCAGGUUUCACAGGGAACGGCAGAGUCCGCUGCUCAGAUAUCGACGAAUGCUCGACGUCCUACGGGCCUUGUGGGAAAUGCGGACACAAUGCCCAAUGCACAAACACUCCGGGAAGUUUUACGUGUUCGUGUCCCACGACAUACACGGGGAACCCUCAUGACCGAUGCGAGCGAGUUGCGGUCUGCACUAGUCGACAGGAUUGCCCCGGUCAUGCCGAAUGCAUUGACGGCCAAUGCUACUGUUCACCUCCCCAUUUCGGGGACGAUUGUAAACACCCUUGCGAUGUUGUAUUUUGUGGAAACCAUGCGAAAUGCGAGCUCGACGACAACGAUCAAGCCCUUUGCGUCUGCGCCAACGGAUACACCGGACAUUCGAAUUCUCUCGGAGGAUGCGUAGAUAUCGACGAGUGUCACGCGAGUGACAAGUCCUGCGGAGCCGGAGCAGUUUGCCGGAACCUCCCUGGAUCGUUCGAGUGUAUUUGCCCCCAGGGAGCGUCUGGUGACCCAUAUGCCGGGUGUCUGUUCAAGGAGGAUCAAGUAGUGCACGCGUGUUCACCCUCGAAACCGAACUCUUGUGGCGUCAACGAAGAAUGCGUUUCAAUUGAAGGACGAAACGAUUGCGUCUGCCGGCGAGGUUACACUUACGACUCUCAACUCUGUCGCUGUCGAGAUAUCAACGAAUGUACGGAGUUCAAAACCAAGGAACCAUGUGGUCGAAACGCUUUCUGCCAAAAUCUCGAGGGAUCCUUCCAAUGUCAGUGUCCCGCGGGCUACAUCGGGGAUCCCUACGAUUGCUGUCAUGCCGAAGCCUUCGAGUGCCACAAGGAUGAGGAUUGCGCUGGGAAUACGGUUUGUCGCAAAACGUACGGGAGUGAGGGCGGCCGUUGCGGAUGCCGACCGCCGUUCCAGAGAGAGGGAGACUAUUGCAUCCUCUACGGCAGAAACUGCACGUCAACGUUGCCCUGUCCGGAGAACCACGAAUGCGUAUUCACAACACAAACUACCGGAUACUGCAUCUGUCCGAAAGGUUUCACCCUUGAGGCGAAUGGACAAUGCCGAAAUAUCAACGAGUGCCUCGAAAUACGCGACUACAAUCCGUGCGGACAAGGCGCUGAGUGCCGAGAUCUCGUGGGAUCGUAUCAGUGCAGCUGCGCUGCAGGGUAUACGGGUAACCCAAAAACAGGCUGCACACCAAUCAAAGUGCGUUGCCGGGGUGAAGGCGAUUGUCACGCGAAUGAGCAAUGCAUGAACGACUGUUGUGAAUGUCUUCCACCUUACGUCCUGGAUGGAGACACCUGCAAACACCCCUGUGAUUGGAUGCAAUGUGGUCAAUUCGCCACCUGCAGUGUGACGCCGAAAGGUCCACAAUGCAACUGCAACACCGGGUGCACCGGAAAUCCGCACACGGGCUGCUUGGACGUCAACGAGUGCACAGCGAACCUACCGCUGGACCCGAAUGGACCUUGCGGUUCAGGAGCGACUUGCAUCAAUGUGAUGGGCAGCUACAAAUGUGAAUGUCCACCCGGAACGCGCGGAGAUCCCAUGGUGGGAUGCGAGGGCGGCCGCGCAGGUGGAUGCCAAUCGGACGAAGAAUGUCCUCAAACGGCUUCGUGUGACGUCAAAAACGGCGUUUGCUACGAUCCCUGUUUGACUUUCCAAUGCGGCCCGAACACCAGCUGUGAGCCGGAAAAUCACAGAGCAACCUGUUGGUGCACGCCUGGAUUCGAAGGUGACGCAUACAACAAGGAAGUGGGAUGCAGAUCACCGUGCGCCGAUGUCUGGUGCGGUGUGAACGCUCAGUGCAUCGUCAAUCAGCACAACGAAGGAGUCUGCAAAUGCUACGAGGGAUACCACGGAAACCCUUGGGAAGGCGGAGAGUGCAGUCCUGAACAUGAAUGCACGCCCAACCGACCCUGCCCCGACGGGCAGGAGUGCCACGACGGCUGGUGCAUCGAUCGUUGCCGAAACAUUCGCUGCGGCUUGAACGCUCGAUGCGACAGAAUCACCGGACAGUGUGGGUGUCUUCCCUAUUUCAUCGGUAACUCCGAGGUCAUGUGCGUGCCUCCCGCCCUACCGCCCAUCUGUAAUCCGCGGUGCGGACCCGGAGCUCACUGCGUCUACGGCGUACCCAACUAUUGCGUGUGUAAUCCCGGCCUGUCCGGUAAUCCGUACAGUGGAUGUUCUCCCGGAAAUACAAGAUGCUCAUCGCGACUCUGUGGAACGAAUGCUAUCUGUUCGGAGCUCGGAGCUCUCGACUGCAGAUGCCCAGCUGGGCUUCAAGGGAAUCCCUACACAGCUUGUACGGAUAUCAACGAGUGUCUCGGAGGCUCGCUGAGCGUGUGCGGAACUGGAGCCAAGUGCGUUAACACAUUCGGAUCAUUCAAAUGCGUGUGUCCCGCAGGAUACGUCGGAAAUCCGCUGUUCGCCUGCACGGCUAUCCUCACUGCUCACAGUCCACCUGGAAUCGGAGGGAUCGCCGGUCUACCAGGAAUUUCCGGCGGACUGUCGCCGGCCGCACAGGCGCCUAGCGCGCCCCAGAUACCUUCAGCACCCGAUUUCUCAAUCGGCGGCAGUCUACCGCAAGUUCCCGGUGUCGGCGGAUCCCUGCCGAGCUUCCCGAGCAUCGGCGGCAACUUCCCGAGCAUCGGGGGCAACCUCCCGCAAGGCCCCGGUAGCGGCGGAUCCUUCCCGCAGAUCCCGAGCAUCGGAGGCAACUUCCCGCAGAUUCCGGGCAUCGGAGGCAGCUUCCCGCAAUUGCCCGGUACCGGAGGCGGCUCCCCGCAAUCGCCAGGUACCGGAGGCGGUUUUCCGCAAUUACCUCAGCUGCCACAGAUUCCCCAACUUCCCGCUUUUCCAUCCCUUCCGCUUCUGCCCGGUCUGCUACCAGGCGGAGGAGGUGGUGGUGCAGCGGCUCCAACAUCGACACCUGCACAAUCCCCGACCACGAGUGAACAGCCCGAAUUGGCCCCGCCCGUUCAGUCGAAUGACUGCGAGUCCCACGACCAAUGCGACCAGAACGAGCUCUGUGUUCGACGCAGAUGUAUCCGGCCCUGUGACACUAGACAGUGCGGACCUAACGCCCACUGUCUCGUCGAAAAUGACCACGCUCUGUGCAAGUGCGAAGAAGGAUAUUCUGGACGUCCAGAAGAUCAGAGAGUUGGGUGCUCCCCGCAACGAUGUACGUCCGUAUGUGCAAACAUUCAAUGCGGACCCAACGCGCAAUGCGAAUCCCAGAACAAUCGAGCGACCUGCGCGUGUCGACCCGGUUUCGGCGGGGACGCCAACGACCUCAUCCGAGGAUGCGCAGCGAAGGCUCAAGACGAGUGCCAUGACGACAACGGAUGUCGCGAAGAUCACGAGUGCAAGCUCGGCACCAAAGGCGUCAAACAGUGUCGUGACGUCUGCGAAGACAAACUCUGCGGUCCCAACGCCAACUGUCUCGGAGAAACGCACAAAGCCGUCUGCGAGUGUUUGCCAGGAUUCGUUUUUGACGGAAUCGGAUGUCAUGUUCCGGACGACUGUCAAGUCGAUGGAGAUUGUCUCGGCCACGAAGUAUGUCGCCAUCAGCCGGAAGGUAACAAAUGCGUCGACGUUUGCGUGUCCCAACAAUGCGCACCGAACGCGAGGUGUCACGCCGUCAACCACCGAGCCAACUGCGUCUGUCGGGAAUCCUUCUUCGGUAACCCCAACGACCAGAACCGAGGCUGUCAGCCGAUCCUCGACAACUGCCUCCACGAUGCCGAUUGUCCGGAAUUCGAGAGAUGUCUGCCCAACUCCCAAGGCAUCAGAAACUGCACGGACACCUGCAUCAAAACCCGAUGUGGGCCCCACGCCCACUGUAUCGGGAGGGAUCACCGACCGGAAUGCGUUUGCCGGGAAGGGUUCGCGGGAAAUCCCGCCGAGUUCUCGAUCGGCUGUCAGGAGAUUCGACUGGACACCUGCAACACGAACAUCGAUUGCAAACCGUUCCAGGCGUGCAAAGUCACGCCCGUCGGCGUCCGUGACUGCGUGGACGUCUGCAGCGAGAAACGUUGUGGUCUCAACGCGAACUGUUUCGCUCAAUCGCACCAGGCGUUCUGCGAAUGUCUUCCCGGAUUCGCCGGAAAUCCAACCGACACGGUCAGAGGCUGUCAACGGCAUCUCUGCAAUCAAGACGCUGAUUGUGGCGAUCCCGACGCUUGUACUCUGACCCGGGUCGGAAUCCGAAACUGUACCGACGUGUGUUUGGACAAGAGAUGCGGCCCCAACUCGGAUUGUAUCGGCAACGGUCAUCGCGCGACUUGCGUCUGCCGUCCCGGCUUCGAAGGAAUUCCUGACGACAUCCGUGAAGGCUGCAUUCCUUCGCCGAAAUGCCGAACCAACAGCGACUGCCGAAACGACGAAAUCUGCAGCGUUGACUCGACGGGUAUCAAAGCGUGCCUCAUUGGAUGCUCGACCGUGCUAUGUGGACAGAACACCAACUGCAGGACCGAUAAUCACAUCGUAGAAUGCAGGUGCCACGAAACUUUCGUCGGCGAUCCUUACAACCGUGAAACCGGCUGUACACCCGUGCCUGAGCGUUGUUACACCGACCACGACUGCCCAUCCAUAGCGACCUGCAAGAAAGGUCACGACGGCAAAAACGACUGCUUCGAUGCCUGCGACGGAUACCAGUGUGCGGAGGGAGCUUGUUGCGUAGCCAUCAACCACAGACCUACCUGCGAGUGCAGGCCCGGACUCAUCGGCGAUCCUCUCGUCCGCGGCUGCCGAAACCCCGACGAGUGUGACCGAGACACCGACUGCGCCGACGAUCUCAUCUGUCGACCCGACUUGGCCGGAUGUCGAAAAUGCGUCCCGGUUUGCGUGUACGAGAAAUGCGGACCUCAUUCGAUCUGCGUCGGAAUCCGACACAAGGCUCACUGCAGCUGCGAGCCCGGUUUCGAGGGCGAUCCCUACAAUCCGGGAAGCGGCUGCAAAGUACUCGCCCCGGUCGUCGAGGGCUGCCAAGUGAACGAGGACUGCGCUCAGACCGAGAUCUGUAUCCGCGGGAACCGAUGCGUCCAAGCCUGUGACCGCAGGCAGUGCGGUCCGAAUUCCGUUUGUCACGCGUUCAACCACCGUGCCCAAUGCAACUGUCUCGAAGGGUUCAGAGGCGACCCCGAUAACCCGAUCAACGGCUGCCGCCGAAAAGACGAAUGCCAAGUUGAUUUCGACUGUCCGAACAUCCAUGACGUGUGUCGCGCGGACAACACCGGCGAACGUCGGUGCGUGAACGCCUGCCGUUACAACAAAUGCGGCUUCAACACGAGAUGCAUUCCCGGCGAGCACAACUACCACUGCGAGUGCAUCGAGAGCCACGUCCGGGAUCCCGGAAAUCUGUUCGCGUGCGUCCCCCGUGCUAUAGAUGAAUGCAGGAACCAUACCAUGUGCCCCAGUACCGCCCAGUGCCUACCGAACUCACUCGGCGUGUUCCGCUGCGCAGAGGUAUGCAUCAGCUUCAGCUGCACGCCUGACGCCGAUUGCAUUCCUCUAAACCACAUGGGACGUUGCAAAUGCCGCGAAGGAUACACCGGAGACCCGAACAGCAGAGACGGCUGCCGGACCAUCCCGGAGCCCGAAUGCAUCAGCCAUUCCGACUGCGCCCUGCCGACCCAGGUCUGCCAGUUCGACGAGCACUACGGCGAACGACGCUGCCAGGACGGCUGCCGUUUCCUCAAGUGCGGCCCGAGAGCCAUCUGCGUCGUCGACAACCACCUGCCCAAAUGCGCGUGUCCCCACGGAAACUACAUCGGCGACCCGUACGACCAACGUGACGGCUGCCGUCAAGUCGAAUGUCUCAAGGACGAGGACUGCCAUCCGAAGAAGGCGUGCUUCCCGACGUUCUACUGCGAGGAUCCUUGCGUCGACGGUUGCGGAAUCAACGCCGCCUGCGUCGCCCAGAACCACCAACGUAUCUGUCAUUGCCGACCCGGCUACACCGGAGACCCGCUGGUCCGCUGCGAAGAAAUCCACUUCUGCAGCUCGAGCCCUUGCCACUCGUCUGCCAAGUGCAUCGACACGCCCGGAGGCUACGAGUGCAUCUGCCAGAACGGUUUCAUCGGGGAUCCGUACCGUCAGGGAUGCCGUCAUCCGAACUCGUGCCCCAACGGCAACGGGGACUGCCCCGGACACCUGGCCUGUUUCCCCGACCACAAGAAUUCGCCCAUGUGCCAGAACCCCUGCGACCACUUCUCGUGCGGACCGAACACCCAAUGCCGACCGGACAACAAACACGGCGCCGUCUGCGAGUGCCUGAGCUAUUUCCGAGGCGACCCCGCCUCGGGCUGCGUCCGAGAGUCGUUCGGAUGCUUCCACGACUCCGACUGCGCCAACGGAUACGUGUGCAUCGACGCGCAGUGCCGACUGGCGUGCAGCCGCGAGAGCGAUUGCGCCGUUGGGGAGAAGUGCGUCGGCUCGCGAUGCGUCCACAUGUGCUACGGAAACGGCGACUGCCCGCCCAAGGAGGCGUGCUGCUCCGGCGGAUACUGCCAGAUCGGAUGUCGAUCGAACGCCGACUGUUCCUCAGAGGAGACCUGCAGCCAGAACCGUUGCCAGAACCCGUGCCUCAUCAAAGGUCUGUGCGGCCCCAACGCCAUCUGUACGGUGAGGAACCACGAGGCCUACUGUUCGUGCGGUGACGGCCUCGUCGGUAACCCCACACCUCAGAUCGGCUGCACGAGGGCCGUGCUCACCUGCACAGGACGUGGUAGAGGCGACUGUCCUAGCGGUCUGUCUUGCUUUGAGAAUCGUUGCCGUGCCACCUGCAGCGGCUGUAUCGUCGGCGAAGCGUGCGUCCGUGACUUCUGCAUGUCGUCGUGCGCCGGCGACAGCGAAUGCCCCGCGGGAGAGCUCUGUAUCCAUGGCCACUGUCAGUUCGGAUGCCGAACCGAUAACGACUGCCAGGUGCACCAGGUCUGCUCGCUCAACAACUGUCACUGCAAACCGGGCUUCAGGGAGACGCCGUACGGCUGCGAAGACAUCGAUGAGUGUCUCGAACAGCCCUGCCACAAGAGCGCCAUCUGCCAGAAUUCCCUCGGCAGCUUCUCGUGCCGCUGCCCCGAAGGAUUCAUCGGGGACGGCUUCAUCAAAUGCUCGAACCCGGGAGAGUGUCCCCGGGGAGACGUCGACUGCCCGCAGCACGCGGCCUGCGACCGAACCGGAAUCACCAGGUGCGUCGACCCGUGCGCCAACGACCCAUGCGGACCGUACGCGAUCUGCUCCGUCAUCAACCACCGCCGUCAAUGCAAUUGCCCCAAGACCGGACUGUUCACCGGAGAUCCGUACGACAGGAACCGCGGCUGUAUCGCCGUGGACUGUCUCGCCGAUACCGAUUGCCAUCUGUCCGAGCACUGCGUCAACUUCGUCUGUCAGAGCCCUUGCGAUAAUCUAAACUGCGGAGCUCACGGAACUUGCGUCGUCAGGAACCGUCAGGCCUCCUGUGAAUGCGACCGAGGGUUCGAAAACCAGGGCUCUCUGCUCUGCGUCGAUGUCGACGAAUGCGCCAACCAGCCUUGUCACUACACCGCGCUCUGCGACAACAUCGUCGGCGGCUACAGCUGCAGGUGCCCGCCGCAGCUGGUCGGAGAUCCUUUCGCCAAGGCCGGUCAGCCCGGCUGUCACGACCCGAACAUCUGCUACAACGGCAACAGCGACUGUCCGUCGUCGUCCGCCUGUAUCGACGUAAAAGGAACGCCGUACUGCAAGGAUCCCUGCGAAACGCCGAACACCUGCGGAGGCAACUCCAAGUGCACCUGCAUCAACCACCAGCCCGUGUGCACCUGCGCCCCAGGAUUCACCGGAAAUCCCAAGAUCAGGUGCGACGUCGUCGAGUGCAUCGCCGACGGAGACUGCCGCGACACGGAAAUCUGCGCGCUCAACAAAUGCGUCGACGCGUGCCGCAGCAACGGUAACUGCGGAAUCAACACCAUCUGCGAAUCGAAGUCCCACACGGCGGUCUGCAGGUGCAAGGACGGAUUCCGAGGCAACCCGAGCACCGGAUGCAUCAAGGACAUUCCCUGCGACCACGACGACAACUGUCCCAUCGGGGAGUUCUGCUACCACGGUCUGUGCAGACUCUACUGCAAGGCGAACCGCGAGUGCGGCAGCAACGAGAUCUGCGAGGACGGUCGUUGUCGGGAGGUGUGCCGUUCGAACACCGACUGCCCCGAAGGCUUCCGCUGCGUGCUCGGUAACUGCGAGCCCGCCGAUCGCUGUUUCCACGACGGCGAGUGCGGUGAGAGCCGAAUCUGUCGCUCGUCGCACCGCGGAUACGACAGCUGCCUCGACCCUUGCGAGAACACGCUCUGCGGCCGGAACGCCCUGUGCAUCCCGAACAAGCACAGCGCGAUCUGCAAAUGUCGCGAGGGAUUCAUCGGCGACCCACUCGACCAGAGGAUCGGAUGCAAGAAGGCCGAGUGCUUCCACCACGAGGACUGCAGGGACGACCAGAUCUGUCACGAGAACAAAUGCGUCGAUCCUUGCGUGAUGCGUCAGGGCUGCGGGGCGAACGCGCACUGUCUCGCGAAACGCCAUUCCGCUACAUGCACCUGUAGAGAAGGCUACGAAGGCGAUCCUGUCGCUGGCUGCGUGCUCAUCGACUUCUGCAGAAAAGGCAACCCGUGUCACGCUACGGCGCUCUGCCGAAACCGUUUCGGUGGCGCUCACUGCGAGUGCCCUCCGGACCGUCACAUCGGUAACCCCAACGGUCCGCCGGGCUGCCGACAUCCGAACGAAUGCCCCAACGGCGACGUCGACUGUCCGCCGACGGCCGCCUGCAUCAGAGACGGUCCGACGCCGAUGUGCAAGUCGCCGUGCAGCGUGCCGCACACCUGCGGUCCGGACGCCAUCUGCCGAGUCGAUAACCACAAAGCCAGCUGCUAUUGCCCGCACGGAUUCACCGGCCAACCCUACGAUCGUGCAACGGGAUGCGUGCGUAUUCCGCCGUUCUGCGACGACGAUACCUCGUGCCCAGCGCCGCUGGUCUGCGAGAAACGCCGCUGCCGAACGCCGUGCGCCGCCAAAGACGAGUGCGCCACCCGCGAAAUCUGCAGUCGCGGUCACUGCAUCCAGGGAUGUCUGGAGGACCGUGACUGCCUCGACAAGGAGAUCUGUCUCGAGAGGAACUGCAUCGUCGGCUGCCGCUCGGACUCCGACUGCCGCUACGACGAGGCCUGCGUCCAGAACCAGUGCAAGAACCCCUGCGACAACCCGACCGCCUGCGGAACCAACGCCGAGUGCCAGACGAUCCAGCACAGGGCUCAAUGCACCUGCCCGCCGCGAUUCACCGGAAACGCGCUGGUCUCCUGCGUCCGAGUCUCGGUCUCGUGCCGAACCUCGGUCGAAUGCGGCGACCACCAGAACUGCGUGUCGACCAGAUGCCGCGUCGAGUGCUCGACCGACGCCGACUGCGCGUUCGGCGAACGGUGCUUCAGCAACAGCUGCUUCAUCCUCUGCCGUUCCGACUCCGAAUGCUACGACGGAGAGAUCUGCGUCGGCAACCGCUGUCAGCUCGGAUGUCGAUCCAACGAACAGUGCCCCGAUCAUCUCGCAUGCGUCAGCAAUCAAUGCCGAGACCCCUGCGAGGGACAGGCCACCUGCGGCCCGAACGCCGAGUGCCGGGUCGCCAACCACCGGUCCGUGUGCUCGUGUCCCGCGAACUUCAUCGGACGUCCCCAUGCGAACGUGGCUUGCGUACGGAAAGCGAUCGUCUGCAGCUCGAGCCAGGCGUGCGAGCCCGGAAGCAUCUGCUUCUUGGGCUAUUGUCGUCUCACCUGCAGCACCAACCAGGACUGCGCUCUGAACGAACGGUGCGUCGACAACCGAUGCCACGUGCAGUGCCAUCGGGACAAGGAAUGUUUCGACUGGGAGAUCUGCGAACACAAUUUCUGCAAGGUCGGAUGUCGUGCUGAUACCGAUUGCCCGACGAAUUUGGCCUGUAUCAAGAACCAGUGUACGGAUCCCUGCGCGAGUCCAACCGCCUGUGGAACCAACGCCGCCUGUCAAGUGUUCAACCAUAGACCCCAAUGCUCGUGUCCGGCCGGACUUCGAGGAGAAGCGGAAAUCGAAUGCGUCCGAAGCUCGAUCGACUGUCGGGCGAACGACGACUGCGGAGUCGGCGCUCGCUGCGAGUCGACCAUCUGCCGCGUCACCUGCAGCAGCGACAACGAGUGUUUCGAUAACGAGCGAUGCGUAGAGCGACACUGUAGCCUCAUCUGCACAGCGGAUUCCAUUUGCCCGAAAAAUCACAUCUGCGAAAAAGGACUGUGUCUAUUCGGUUGCCGAUCCGAUUACGACUGUCCGAACAGUGAGCAGUGCAUCAACAGACAGUGCGUGGAUCCCUGCGAGAGCCCAGCGGCGUGCGGACCUCAGGCGAAAUGCGAAGCUGUCAACCAUCGAGCUCUCUGCAACUGUCUUCCCGGAUUCACCGGAGACCCACAGGUGGAAUGCUCCAAGGUCGAAUGUGUCAUCGAUUCGGAAUGCGCUCUCGGCAAAAUCUGCCAGAACUACCGUUGCUACGAAGGCUGUCGAUCCGACUCGACGUGCCGCGACGACGAAAGCUGUAUCAGUCGACAAUGUCAGAACCCGUGCAAAUUCAUCGGGGCUUGCGGCGCCAACGCGAUCUGUGUCACCAAGAGUCACCGUCUCACCUGUAGCUGUCCGCCGAAAACGCUCGGGGAUCCGUUCGUCGAGUGCAUCAGCGAUCCGGACAUUUGCAGCAGAUCGGACGAGUGCGGAAGAGAGCGAUCUUGCGAUUCCGGACGCUGCGUACUCAAGGUCGAGUGCAACAGGGAUUCCGACUGUCAGCUGGGCCACAUCUGCGAGGACCAUCGAUGCUUCGAAGGCUGUCGAGGAGACGCCAACUGCCCCGUCAACCAAGCCUGCCACAACGGACAGUGCCAGAACCCGUGCUCGAUCCGAGGGGCUUGCGGAGUUCACGCCGACUGCCUGCCGGAGAACCACCGCGCGCACUGCUUCUGCCCGCCCAGUCUCACCGGGAACCCUCAGUUCGAAUGCAAGAAAUCGCAGGACUGCCGCGUCAACGAAGAAUGUCAACCCGGUUUCGUCUGCUUGCGCGGAAAAUGCGCUCCGGCCGAAUUCUGCGCCUCGGACAACGACUGUAACCGCGGAGAAAUCUGCGAGAGCACCCGCUGCGUCAUCGGGUGCCGCUCGAACAGCGACUGCGACUUUUUCCUCGAAUGCCGCGACCGGGUCUGCCAGGACCCAUGCGUCCCGGGAGCCUGCGGUAUCAACGCCAAAUGCCAAGCGCUCGGACACCGGGCCGAGUGCAGAUGUCCGCAGAACUUCGAAGGCGACGCCCGCGUUCACUGUAAGGAGAUCCAGGUCGAAUGCCUCACGGACAGCGACUGCGGACUGGAGAAGUACUGUGUCAGCACACGGUGCAUCUUCGGCUGCCGCGUCGACGAGCACUGUCCGUUCGAUAAGGCCUGCGUCCAGGGCUCGUGCAGGAACCCGUGCAGCGUGCCCGGCGCCUGCGGGAUCAACGCCCUCUGCCGGCCCCACCACCACCGAGCGGUGUGCACGUGUCCCCACGAGAAGAUCGGGGAUCCUCGCGUGCAGUGCUCGGCGAAGAUCGUCGUCCACGAAAUCAGAACCGAGUGCUCGACCGACCACCCGUGCGCGAUCGGUUUCAUCUGCCGCAACCACCACUGCAUCGCCGAUGGCUGCUCCCACGACUCCGCCUGCAAUCCGGGAGAGAUCUGUGAACGCAGAAAAUGCAUUCUCGGCUGCCGAAGGGACUCCGACUGCACGUUCGACAAGGCGUGCAUCAACACCCGCUGCACGAACCCCUGUUCCGUCCAGAACUCGUGCGGUAUCAACGCCGACUGCCGACCCGUCGUCCAUCGGCCCGUCUGCUCCUGUCUGUCGGGAUUCGAAGGAAAUCCGUACGAUUACUGCAGCAGGCCCGAGAUCCGACUGCCUCCUCCCGAGUGCACGAGGGAUCCCGACUGCAUGCUCGGCAAGAUCUGCGACAGCCAACACUGUGUUGAAGGUUGCCGUACCGACGAGAACUGUCCGUUCGACCGGGCCUGCUAUUCGCGGUCGUGCCAGAAUCCGUGCGCUCAACCCCACGCGUGCGGAAAAGGAGCGAAGUGUCUCGCGGUCGCCCAUCGACCCGUAUGCACCUGCCCCGCGGGUCUCUCCGGGGACCCGGCGUUCGAAUGCAUCGUACCCACCCAGGAGUUCUGCUUCCACGACGCCGAUUGUCCGCUGGGACGGAUUUGUGAGAAGGGCUUCUGCGUGGACGCCUGUCGAACCGACGACGCCUGCUCCUACGAUCAGGCUUGUAUCAGGAACCGCUGUCAGAACCCGUGCAGUUUCGAGAACGUCUGCGGUCUCAACGCCGACUGCAAGGCGGCCAACCACAAAGCCGUCUGCCUCUGCACCCCGGGCCUCACGGGAGACCCGCUCGAACAUUGUAUCGAGGUCCGCGAAGUCGGAUGUCACCACGACCGCGAGUGUCCUUUCGGUCAGAUCUGUACCAACAAGGAUUGCGUCGAAGGAUGCCGGACCGACGAUCACUGUUCUCCUGUCGAGUCCUGCUACAGAGGGAAGUGCGCGAAUCUGUGCAAACUCACCGGAACCUGCGGAACCGGAGCCACCUGUGUCAUGGAAGCCCACAGACCCGUCUGCUCGUGCGAUCCUGGUUACAUCGGCGAUCCGAGAUUCGAAUGCCGUUUGGCCCCGCCCGAACCGCCGAAGGAGUGCGAGAUCGAUUCAGAAUGCCAGCUGCGACACAUUUGCGAAUCGCAUAAAUGCGUCUUCGGUUGCCGUUCCGACCAGAGAUGCGGUCUCGACGAGGCCUGUAUCAACGGAAUCUGCCAGAACCCGUGCUCCGUGUUCGGAGCUUGCGGACGAAACGCUCUCUGUACUCCUGUCAACCAUCACGCCGACUGCGUCUGCUUACCUGGUCACCGCGGGAACCCGAACGUGGUCUGCGUGAAAGACGAGCCCAAACCCGAGUGCACUCGCGACAUCGAAUGCCCUCUCGGAUUCAUCUGCGAGAACCAGCGAUGCAUCGAGGGAUGUCGUCACGACAACAACUGCGCCGACGAUCGGGCUUGCAUCAACGGACAAUGCGAGCUCGUCUGUCGCUUGCCCAACGCGUGCGGAAUCAACGCGUUGUGUCAGCCGAGAAACCACCACGCGAUCUGCUCGUGCCCGCCAGGAUUCCAAGGAGAUCCUCAGACGGACUGCAAAGAAGUCAGAGAACCGGGAGGAUGUCUACACGAUAGCGACUGCGCCGUCGGGUUGCUCUGCGAGAACGGCGUCUGCAUCCCGGGAUGCAGGACCGACCACCACUGCGGUUUCCUCCAGGCGUGCAUCCGUCACACGUGUCAGGACCCAUGCAAGCAAUACGGCGCGUGUGGGCUGAACGCCGUGUGUCGCGCCUGGAACCACGACCGCAUCUGCAGCUGUCUGCCCGAAUUCACCGGAGAUCCCAAGCACCACUGCGUCAAAGUGCUCCCGCCGCCACCGGAGUGCGUCCGGGACGAAGAAUGCCACUACGGGAGAAUCUGCGAACUGAACAAAUGCAUCGUCGGAUGCCGGACCGACGUCAACUGUCCCGUCGAUGAACAGUGUCUCAACCGUCAAUGCGCCAACCCGUGUCUACGAUCAGGAGUUUGUGGACGAAACGCUCUCUGCUCUGCGGUACAGCAUCGCGAACUGUGCACCUGCGAUCCUGGCUUCACUGGAGAUCCAAUCGUUGCAUGCGAAAAGGUGCCCGACGGAUUUUGCCGACGCGACGAAGAAUGCGGAUACGGCGAAAUCUGUCACGCCUCGCGCUGCAUACCUGGAUGCCGAACUCACAGCCAGUGUUCGUUCGACAAGGCGUGCAUCAACCGUCUUUGUCAGGACCCUUGCCUCAUCGGCGGGGUCUGCGGCAGCAACACGAAAUGUCACGCCGCCAACCACGAGGCGAUCUGCAACUGCUUGCCCGGGUACACGGGAGAUCCGCUGUCUCGGUGCGAUCUCGUCCCGAAACCGGAAUGCUACCAAGACCUCGACUGCGGAAAAGGCUACGUCUGUCACGACGGCUUCUGCAAGGACAUCAACGAGUGUCUGCACGGCCGCGGUCCCUGUGGACACGGCGCCAUCUGCAGCAACCUGCCCGGUAGCUUCCAAUGUACCUGUCCAAGCGGACUCAUCGGAGACCCUUACCACGAGCGCUGUAGGCAGAGAAUUGAGGGUUGCACAAGAGACGAUCAAUGCAAGGACUACGAAGCGUGCGACCGGAUCACCGAACAAUGCUAUGACGUCUGUCACAAGCCCGGAGUCUGCGGACGGGGCGCCGAAUGCCGCGGCGUCCACCACCGCGCCGAGUGCGUCUGCCCGAGCGGACUCCGCGGCAACCCACACGUCGAAUGCACCAUUGCCAGAGGCUGCGUACACCAUCACGAGUGUCCGGGCAAUCUGCAGUGUCUCGGCGAGUACUGCGGAUGCCCGCGGCCGUUCCAGCAACGGAGCUUCUUCUGUAUCCUCACCUCGCACAACUGCACCACCACCGAUCCGUGCACCGAAAACCAGGAAUGCAUCUACGACGGGCCUGUUCAUCACGGUUUUUGCGUCUGUCCCCGAGGCUUCGUGCUCAUGCCGAACGGGAUCUGCCGCGACAUCAACGAAUGCGACCAGCUGCCGUUCCCCUGCGCCAGCGGGGCCCAGUGCUACAACAAGGUCGGAUCCUUCGAGUGUGUAUGCCCACCGGGAACAAACGGAGAACCCUACCACGCGGGCUGCGAGCCGCCCAAGGGAGAAUGCACCACCGAUAACGACUGUCCAGACCACAAGGCUUGCGACGUUUCCAUUCUCAAGUGCUACGACCCCUGCCUGGCACCCGACGCCUGUGGCCACAACGCACGCUGUCGAGCGACCAGCCACAAGGCGCAGUGCGAGUGCCCGGCGGGCCACACCGGAAACCCCAAAGUCCACUGCCACAAGCUCAUUGGAUGCCCUCACGAGUUCCAAUGUCCCGGCAACCUUCUGUGUCUGGACGGCUACUGCGGCUGUCCUCCUGAAUUCCAGCGACGACUCGACUACUGUUUCAGGACAAGCCACAACUGCACCACGACGAACCCUUGCGACCGACAUAACGAAGAGUGCGUUUACGUCGGCCGUCAGGAUGGCUUCUGCGUUUGUCCCCGCGGUUUCCGCAUCACGCCCAAUGACGAUUGCGUCGACAUAAACGAAUGCGUCGAGAUCACACCUUGCGGCAGAGCGGCCGACUGCGUCAAUCUGCCCGGAAGCUACGAGUGCGGCUGCCCGCCCGACCACGAGGGCGACGCCUACAAGGGCGAAUGCCUCCGGCUGGCGCCGCCCAAGCCUCGCUGCGCCGUCGACGACGACUGCCCGCAACACGAGGCCUGCGACAGAUCGAUCCCCGAUUGCAUCGAUCCAUGCCUCAAAGACCAAUGCGGCGUCGACGCCAUCUGCCGCGUGCAGAACCAUCGGCACAGCUGCAGCUGCCCGCCCGGCUACACCGGCGAUCCGCUGGUGCGCUGCGUGAAGAUCGAAAUCUGCGGCAUCGACUACAACUGUCCCGGCAACCUGAUCUGCCUCGACGAUCGCACCUGCGGCUGUCCUCCGAGCCUCGAACGACGUGGGGACUUCUGUAUCGCGGAAUCGCGAAACUGCACCACCACCAAUCCUUGCCACAAGAACGAGGACUGUAUCUACGUCGGACCGAAGGACGGCUUCUGCGUGUGCCCUCGCGGAUUCAGACAUCAGGCCGAUUUCAGAUGCGUCGACAUCAACGAGUGCAUCGAGCUGCCCGACCCGUGCGCCAAGAACGCGCUCUGCAACAACACGCAGGGCGGCUACGACUGCCAUUGCCCGCCGGGAACCGUAGGCGACGCCUACAUCCGAGGCUGCGAGAAGCUCGAGGAGGGCUGCAAGAGCAACGACGACUGCCCCAACGAUAAGAUCUGCGAUUUCGGAACGAAGCAGUGCAUUUCCCCGUGCUUCGUCUGCGGACCGUCCGCCAUCUGCACCGUCACGAACCACGUGGCGCUGUGCACGUGUCCGCCAGAUUUCAUCGGAGACCCGUACGACAAGAUCCACGGCUGCUACGUACCGCCGCCCCAGCGAACCGAGCCGCCGGUGCAGGACACCCCGCCCGGUGGGCUGGACGUCAUGUGUCUCGCCGACGGCGUGCAGGUGCUCAUAUCUCUGGACAACUUCAACGGAGUCGUUUACGUUAAGGGACACAGUCAAGAUGAAAGCUGUCGACGAAUCAUCGCGAACAGCAACGCCCGCGAAACGGUCGACUUCAAGGUUCUGUUCAACUCAUGCGGUCUGGUCCACAUCAACGGCGAGGCGUCGUUCGUUCUAGUCAUUCAGAAACAUCCUAAACUUGUUACAUAUCGGGCACGAGCUUAUCACAUCAAAUGCGUCUACAACACCGGUGAACGGACCGUGACGCUCGGCUUCAACGUCAGCAUGAUCACGACGUCGGGAACGAUUUCCAAUACCGGACCACCUCCCACGUGUCACAUGCAGAUCUGCACUGUCGACGGAAAGGAAGUCUCCCAGGCCGAGAUCGGAGAUGACCUCCUGCUCAAGGUCACCGUUCAACCCCACGAAAUCUACGGUGGAUUCGCUCGAGGCUGCAUCGCCAAAACGAUGGAAGACGACGAAGAAGUUCAGUACGAGGUCACCGACAACAACGGAUGCGCCACCGACACGUCCAUAUUCGACAACUGGAGUUACGAUCCCGAGACCAAAGUGCUCAUGGCUAGAUUCAAUGCUUUCAAAUUCCCAUCGAGCAACAACCUGCGCUUCCAGUGCAGCAUCCGAGUCUGCUUUGGCUCUUGUCCUCCGGUUCAUUGCCAAGGCGUUGACGCAUUCGGUCGAAGACGUCGUCGAAGGCGGCAAGUCGCCGGCGGAUCAGACCUCAAUCCGGGAUCCAUCGGAUUCCAGGAAGGAACGCUCCGGGAGGAAAUUCAGGUUCAAUCGAACGCGAUUCUAACCUUCGAGAAGAAGGAAAAUCAAAUCGGACCUCUACAAGAGCUGAACGAAGGCCCUGCCAUCGAGGAAAUCGACACGGUGUGCCUUCCGAAACUCGGUCUGCUGAUUUCGUUGAUUUUAACGACUCUUCUCGCGCUCGUGGUCGUCGCCGUAGCGAUCUCCUGCUGGCUGAUGGCCUACAGACGGCGGACCCGCUCCCCCGGACCGCUACCACAUCCCGCGGAGUUCCCCAAUCCCUUGUACACCACUCCCGAACCAACCAUUGCCGAACCAGCUCCAGAUUACUACCAAGCGCCUUCCAGGCUACACUCGAGGCUCCGUUGA